AUGAAACCUCAUAAGGGCCACAAGGGUUCCAGUCCCAGAGCCCCAGACCCUCCAGCCCCAGAGCCCCAGUCUACCCCAGCCCCAGAGCCCCAGUCUACCCCAGCCCCAGAGCCCCAGUCUCCCCCAGCCCCAGAGCCCCAGUCCGUCCUGCCCCAGAGCCCCAGUCCCUCCUGCCCCAGAGCCCCAGUCCCUCCUGCCCCAGAGCCCCAGUCUCCCCAUGCCCCAGAGCGCCAGUCCAUCCAGUCCCAGAGCACCACCCCAGAGCCCCAGUCCCUCCUGCCCCAGAGCCCCAGUCUCCCCCUGUCCCAGAGCCCCAGUCGAUCCAGCCCCAGAGCCCCAGUCCCUCCAGUCCCAGAGCCCCAGUCACUCAUGUCCCAGAGCCCCAGUCCCUCCAGCCCCAGAACCCCAGUCCCUCCUGCCCCAGAGCCCCAGUCCAUCCAGUCCCAGUGCCCCAGUCCCAGUGCCCCAGUCCCUACUGCCCCAGAGCCCCAGUCCCUCCUGUCCCAGUGCCCCAGUCCCUCCAGCCCCAGAGCCCCAGUCCCUCCUGUCCCAGAUCCCCAGUCCCUCCAGUCCCAGAUCCACAGUCCCUCCUGUCCCAGAGCCCCAGUCCCUCCAGCCCCAGAGCCCCAGUCCCUCCUGCCCCAGAGCCCCAGUCUCCCCCUGUCCCAGAGCCCCAGUCGAUCCAGCCCCAGAGCCCCAGUCCCUCCAGUCCCAGAGCCCCAGUCACUCAUGUCCCAGAGCCCCAGUCCCUCCAGCCCCAGAACCCCAGUCCCUCCUGCCCCAGAGCCCCAGUCCAUCCAGUCCCAGUGCCCCAGUCCCAGUGCCCCAGUCCCUACUGCCCCAGAGCCCCAGUCCCUCCUGUCCCAGUGCCCCAGUCCCUCCAGCCCCAGAGCCCCAGUCCCUCCUGUCCCAGAUCCCCAGUCCCUCCAGUCCCAGAGCCCCAGUCCCUCCAAGCCCCAGUACCUACAGUCCCAGAGCCAGUGUCCCUCCAGUCCCAGUGCCCCAGUCCCAGUGCCCCAGUCCCUACUGCCCCAGAGCCCCAGUCCCUCCUGUCCCAGUGCCCCAGUCCCUCCAGCCCCAGAGCCCCAGUCCCCCCUGUCCCAGAUCCCCAGGCCCUCCAGUCCCAGAGCCCCAAGCCCCAGUCCCUCCAGCCCGAGAGCCCCAGUCCCUCCUGCCCCAGAGCCCCAGUCUCCCCCUGUCCCAGAUCCCCAGUCCCUCCUGUCCCAGAGCCCCAGUCCCUCCUGUCCCAGAGCCCCAGUACCUACAGUCCCAGAGCCCCAGUCCCUCCAGUCCCAGUGCCCCAGUCCCAGUGCCCCAGUCCCUACUGCCCCAGAGCCCCAGUCCCUCCUGUCCCAGUGCCCCAGUCCCUCCAGCCCCAGAGCCCCAGUCCCUCCUGUCCCAGAUCCCCAGUCCCUCCAGUCCCAGAGCCCCAGUCCCUCCAGUCCCAGAGCCCCAGUCCCUCCAGCCCCAGAGCCCCAGUCCCUCCUGUCCCAGAGCCCCAGUCUUUCCUGUCCCAGAGCCCCAGUCCCUCCUGUCCCAGAGCCCCAGUCCCUCCUUCCCCAGAGCCCCAGUCUCCCUCUAUCCCAGAGCCCCAGUCCAUCCAGCCCCAGAGCCCCAGUCCCUCCAGCCCGAGAGCCCCAGUCCCUCCUGCCCCAGAGCCCCAGUCCAUCCAGUCCCAGAGCCCCAGUCCUUCCUGUCCCAGAGCCCCAGUCCCUCCUGUCCCAGAGCCCCAGUCCCUCCUGUCCCAGAGCCUCAGUCCCUCCUGUCCCAGAGCCCCAGUACCUACAGUCCCAGAGCCCCAGUCCCUCCAGUCCCAGUGCCCCAGUCCCAGUGCCCCAGUCCCUACUGCCCCAGAGCCCCAGUCCCUCCUGUCCCAGUGCCCCAGUCCCUCCAGCCCCAGAGCCCCAGUCCCUCCUGUCCCAGAUCCCCAGUCCCUCCAGUCCCAGAGCCCCAGUCCCUCCAGCCCCAGAGCCCCAGUCCCUCCUGUCCCAGAGCCCCAGUCCCUCCUGUCCCAGAGCCCCAGUCCCUCCUGUCCCAGAGCCCCAGUCCCUCCUGCCCCAGAGCCCCAGUCUCCCUCUAUCCCAGAGCCACAGUCCAUCCAGCCCCAGAGCCCCAGUCCCUACUGCCCCAGAGCCCCAGUCCCUCAUGUCCCAGAGCCCCAGUCCCUCCAGCCCGAGAGCCCCAGUCCCUCCUGUCCCAGAUCCCCAGUCCCUCCAGUCCCAGAGCCCCAGUCCCUCCAGUCCCGGAGCCCCAGUCCCUCCAGCCCCAGAGCCCCAGUCCCUCCUGUCCCAGAGCCCCAGUCCCUCCUGUCCCAGAGCCCCAGUCCCUCCUGUCCCAGGGCCCCAGUCCCUCCUGCCCCAGAGCCCCAGUCUCCCUCUAUCCCAGAGCCCCAGUCCAUCCAGCCCCAGAGCCCCAGUCCAUCCUGUCCCAGAGCCCCAGUCCCUCCAGUCCCAGAGCCCCAAUCCUUCCAGUCCCAGAGCCCCAGUCCAUCCUGUCCCAGAGCCCCAGUCCCUCCAGUCCCAGAGCCCCAGUCCUUCCAGUCCCAGAGCCCCAGUCCCUCCAGCCAGCCCGUGUUUAUAAUUCUAAUCCCCUUCUUCAGAACAAGGAUGAGACAUCUCACUCGGCCGCCAGACUCCACUAUAAUGAGUGUUCUAUUCGUUGUUGUGCUAGACAACCUUAGUGUGGUUGGAAGAGGAAAUAUGAAUAUGAAUGGUACAGAACUGAAAUCAAGGAUGGCUGUGGCACAUACACACACACACACCCACAUAUACACACAUGGGAAAAUGAUACAAAUUCGUCUGUAUGUCUCAGGCACACUGAGGUGGAGAAAAAGAGACGACACAGAAGUAAGACGGUACAACUGGGGCACGGAGACAUGAUACUAGACAACACAACAUCUUGAUAGUCCAGCGGGUCCAGCGGCUCCAGGGGGCAUGAGCAUGGCCGGGGCCACAAACCAGACGAGACGGGCUGGGGGGCGGAGGGCGGACGGCGGAGAGCAGAGAGCGGGAACAAACUCCAAUCUCCAGACAGAGGAGCUGUUCUGUGAGAAUGUGUCCAUCUGCAGCAUACGCUGGAGCCCGCCCAAAAUAAACAGACAAAAUUAAACCACAGCAAGACAGCCAAGCUCCAUGUUUAAAGUACUCACAAACAGAGAAUUACUGUGUUAUACCGUCUGUAAAGCUCUGAGAAAUGACUAAUAAUGCUGUCUAAAUCCUACCACAAUACAGCCAAUGGUCUUGCUAAACAGUCUGUUGUCAUGUACUGUAAUAAUACACUAUUGUUGAGUAUCUAUCAUAGAGCAAAAAUGUGAUUAUAUAGGGUGUUUCUGGUCUGGACAUAAUGUAGAUUGCAUUUCAGCUCAGACUUUUGAUCUUGAUCUCUAGGACUUGUUGGGGGUAUACAUUUACUCUGGCAGGUGGUGGCUUUUUCUUCAACCACCCAGCAGCACCAUAUGUACAAACCACCCAGCAGCACCAUAUGUACAAACCACCCAGCAGCACCAUAUGUACAAACCACCCAGCAGCACCAUAUGUACAAACCACCCAGCAGCACCAUAUGUACAAACUACCCAGCAGCACCAUAUUGUGUAUUGCCUAAUGGUUCUGGUUAGAGGGAGAGCGCAAUGACCACAACAGAGACUCUUUCUCAUUCUCCUAUUCCUCUGCAAAUAGUGAUGCAUGCAAGGUGAAUGUGAGAAACAGGAACAUCAUGUUAGUUUGUGUGCGUGUGUGCAUGCGUGUGUGCGUGCGUGCGUGUGUGUGUGCACGUGCGUGUGUGCGCGUGCGUGCGUGUGUGCGUGCGUGCGUGUGUGCGUGUGUGUGUGCGUGCGCUCCGACCUAAUUGUAUCCCCAUGAGGUUAGUUACAUACAUGACCUCAGUGUGAUUGUCUGUGGUCUAUGUGGUCGCCACUGUUGAGUUUUUCCAAAUCCAUAAGAUACAUGAGACUGUUGGCUGUGAGAACCACCUUCCCUCUUCCCCAUACCCACCACCACACCCCUUUCUCAAGUAGUAGAACCGCUUGCUGACACAAAAUAAGAAACAACAUGAAUCAUUCUCCAGGAUAAACAAACACCCUAAUGGCAAAGGUUUUUUAGCUUCUGGUUAGCUGUGACCUUUGAUAUGAUAAGAGACUGCCAUCUAGUGGUUAUAGACGCACAACUACAAUGACUGAGGACAUGACUCUGAACCAGGAGAACUAUUGUAUUGUUCAUCUACAGCAGUAUACUGUACAAUAUGUCCAUUACCUGUGUGUGCGUGUCUGUGUGUGUGCUCACUCGCUCGUGCAUGUACAAGUGUGUGUGCCAGGGUCGGAGUUGUGUGCUGCCACUAGUGGGCCUGGCCCGCCCUACCAUACCUCCUUGCCCGUCCAAAUAAAAUAUUGAAAUAUUGAUAAUUUAUUUGACCGUGAUGCAUGCCGACAGAAAGAAGCAUCAAUCUCAGAUAAAAUUUCAGAGCGAGCGAAACAGCGCCCCUCUGUCUCUUUAUGUGUAGACCAUGUAUCUGAUGCUGUCUGGACAAAAUGA